GUUGCUACCACAUAAUAAUGGGGAUUGGAGAUGAGAGAAUGACCAGAGGGAACAGUUAAUUGGUUGUUACUUGUAGAAACCACACCACCGUCAUCACAGUGUCUGGCUUGGCUUCCUCUGCUCAAUUCGCUCAUCUAAAUUCUCCACCUUCUCUGAACUUCAAACCAGAAACAUGUCUAGUGGAUAUACCGUAGAAGUUACCAGUCUAUCGCCAAAAGCCACUGAGAAGGAUGUGUAUGACUUUUUCGCAUUCUCUGGUGCAAUUGAGUAUGUCGAAAUUGUCAGGUCUGGUGAUUAUGCUUGCACUGCAUAUGUGACAUUCAAAGAUGCUUAUUCCCUAGAAACUGCUUGCUUGCUAAGUGGAGCCACGAUUUUAGACCAAAGUGUAUGCAUUACUCGCUGGGGGCAGUAUGAAGAUGAGUUCGAUAAUUGGAACCGGCCAUCCUAUAACCAUGACGACGAUUCAUCAACUACGCUACAAAGCCACCAAUUUGUUUCCUCUGCCGGAGAAGUAGUUACAGUGACUCAAGAAGUCGUCAAGACCAUGAUAGCAAAAGGGUAUGUCCUCAGCAAAGACGCAUUAGCCAAGGCUAAGGAAUUCGACGAGUCCCAUGGGGUUUCAGCCACGGCAACAGCAAAGGUAGCCGAGCUGAGCCAGAGAAUCGGCCUCACCGACAAGUUAUCAGCUAGCUAUGAGGCUGUUAGAUCCGCCGAUCAAAGGUAUCAUGUAUCAGAAACUGCCAAGUCAGCUGCAUUUGCCACGGGACGAUCUGUGGCUGCAGCUGCGAACACUGUAGUUAAUAGUAGCUAUUUCUCUAAGGGUGCCUUCUGGGUUUCCGGUGCUUUAACCCGGGCAGCGCAGGUUGCUUCCGAUUUAGGUAACCGUGGAGCUAAAAAUUGAGCCAUUGCCAUAAGUUGAUAGCCAUAAUCAUAACCAUAAUUCAACUCUCUUUUCUUGUUUAUCUUUUUUCCCUGUUCUGAAUAUAGCUUGUUAUUAUAGUAUUGUUAUUAGUAUAGCUAUGCAUGCUUCAUAUUUUGUAUAUACAUAUGAACAGCUGAACUUACUGCUUUAUGUGUAUUAGAAUUAUGAUCUAUUACAAGACUACAAUGUCAUGUGUAAUUUAAUUGUCUUGAUGUGAUUAGUAAGGUAAAUUUAGCUGCAUAA